CCUUUUUUAGAUCUACCUUUCCAGUUUUGCCACUACUCCUUGUUCUGUCUCCAGUGAAUUCAUCUAGUUGCGCAAUGGAAAAUAAAACAACUGAAAUCCGUGUGAAGUAUGAGAAUAUACUAAUUCACGACAUCAAUGAGCUGGUAAAUAUGUCUGCAGAGCAUCGUGACAGGUGCUGCAAGAAUAAGAAACAUGAAAAUAUCAAAGUAUUUUUCUGCAAUGAUACUCAGGAAAUAGAAUCACUACAGAGUAUGGCAUGCAACAUGCUCAGAUUCUUUCCUAAGCAGAGAAUCAACAAAGCCUUUAGAUCAAAGGCAGCAUUCGUCUCAUGUGGGACAUUACAAGUUCUACAGUGCAAAUGUGAAAGACAUAGAAAGGAACGGUUUUGCCCACAGGUAAAUAUACAAAAUAGAGAAGAUACAGAAACAGCUGAACAGGCCAAAAAGAAAUGUAACCAAGAACUUUGUGAACUGAAAGAAAAUAUAUCUAGCCUUCGAUCCUGCUGGAAUAAAUUUGAAAAAAUGAUUUCCAGGUGA